GGCUUCCCGCAAUAUUCGCAAGCAGUGGAUAAACAUGGAUCCUCAUCAGAAUGCACCGCGUCAACAUGCCAAGAGGGAUCCACCAAGUGGCCGGAAGAGAACAAGACUUGCUUGCGACAGAUGCAGCACUCUGAGAGUCCGCUGUGAUGGUCAGCAGCCGUGUCGUCGUUGUCAAGAAUACCAAUCGACAUGCCAUUAUACUCGAAGUAUCGGUAGGCGUGGUCGUAAGCCAAAAUCAGCAAAUCGAGUACAGCAACCACAGCAGGAUCGAGAGUUUGACUCAUCUGAAGCUGAUUGUGAUCUUGAGCAAAGCACGCCGCAUCCACGGCCGGAGCAGAGUGGAACUUAUGACGGCCAGGAAAGUCCCGGUCUCCCCACAAAUAACCAGGACACAGUCUCGACGCAUUACUCAUCCAGCCACUCAUCACAUCAUGAUGCUGUGCCGCUGGAUAUGCCAGCCGAUUCAAUCACGGCACCAAGUUACGAUCAGCUGUAUCAUGUGGCUGAGAUCCAGCCUUCCUAUCCUCUCCCUGAGUUCGACCUCGCAGUUCAUCAUGGCGCUGAGUCUGUCCACGAGUCACCGACACGCGAGCGAGCUUCAACUGUCACCCAGAACUUGCCAUCCCGUGGAUGUCGUUAUAAGUGUCUCGAGCCAAUAAUUCCCUUGGUACACGGAAUAAUUGAUGCCAAGCUUGUCUGCGAAUUGUUCGAGCUUUACUUUGUUGAACCCGGGGGAUCUUUAUUUAAAUGUUCUUCUCCGUAUGUUCUAGCCCACGUCAUGCGAAAGGAAUCGCUUCUUCGAGCCGACGACCCACGAACGUGUACGCCAGCGUUACUGGUUACCAUGCUCUGGGUCAGUGCACAGACAGCGGAGAGCUCUUUAUUUCUGCUGCCGGGUCAGAAGGCGAUUGUUUGUGAAGAGCUGAGGAAGUUAAUGAUGGGUUUGAUUCAGGGCAGAGAUCGUGACGUUUGGAACAGAACUACCAGUGGUCCUCUUGUGAGAGAUCUUGAGUAUGCCACGGCUGGAGAUCAAAAUCGGUCAGAGUACCAUGUUGGAUCAGCCUCCACCGUCUCUCCACCAGUACCCCUGGUCGACGACGUCCUCAUGUUCAUCCUCGUCACCAUCGUCUCUUCUGGCGGGGAUUUUAAGACAGACUGCCUCCGAUGGUGGAACAAGGCACUACGGCUUUCUCAUAAUAUGGGAUUGAACAGAGAAGACUCACCUGAGAACAGCUUCAUGCAGUCGGAAACAUCUCUGUGCACGAGUCAAACAACCUCGUGCGGUUGUAGAUCUUGUGAAGCUUCCCGCACAGGUUUGACCACAUCAGAAGUCCGAGAAGAGCGUCGGAGAGCAUUUUGGCUGAUCUUUUGUCUCGAUCGCCACUUGGCUCUAUCGUUCAAUGCACCACUCCGAAUUCUUGAUGAUGAGUGCCAAUUAUAUGCGCCGCUUUCGGAUGAAGCUUGGGCAGCCUUGUCAACAGGACGAGACCCCGAAGACGCAACAUUGGGCACUAGCUCACAUUCAACGAUGUUUGGCGCUCCAACUCGUAUUUCAGGUAUUGGCUUCUUUGAAUACUUUCUCCCACUCAUGACGAUUCUUGGGGAUGUUAUUCAACUGCACAGACAGAAGUCCCAUCCAAGAUUUGGCAAUAUUCGAAGACCUCAGGUUAAUGGACAGGAGGAAGAAGAUGACCCGGCUACGGCAAUGAUAGAACAAGUCAUGGUGCAGUGUGCACAGAGCAUAACCGACCUGGCUAGCGUAUACCAGGUCGAUGCGCUUGAUGCCUCAGCUAUACCAGCCAGUCAAGUGCGCACGCCUCAAUGCGCGAUAUCACCGCAACAGAGCCACGGAGACCAUUCCAGAACGUCGAAUUCCGCCAGCCACGCCUCAUCGCACCGUCGACAUGCGCAAGCUCAGCUUGUCACUGCAUACAGUACAUUCAUAUUGCAUGUUCUUCAUGUCCUUCUCCAUGGGAAGUGGGACGCCGUUUCGAUGUUGGAUAAUAAAGAUGGCUGGAUACCAUCCGUCGGCUUUAUGAAGUGUGCAUCUCAUGCAAUAGCUGCGUCCGACGCUAUGUCACGAAUUCUAGCAUGCGACCCAGAGCUUUCUUUCAUGCCAUACCUGUUCGGUAUCUAUCUUUUGCACGGCAGUUUUAUCUUGUUGCUUUUUGCAGAUCGAAUGCCUCAACUUGGAUUGAAUGAGUCUGUGGAAAAGGCCUGUGAAAUUAUCAUACGGGCACAUGAGGUUUGCGUUGUCACCUUGAGCACAGAGUUCCAGAAGCGCUUCCGCAAAGUGCUUAGAUCGACGCUCUACAGUGUGAGGAGUCCAGCGACAUCUAACUUGGAGGAGAGUAAAGCUCGCCGCCGAGCAUUAUCUUUGUAUAGAUGGAACGAAGGAGCAACUGGCCUGGCACUGUAGUUAUUAUCUAGUGUCUAAUGCAAGAUAUCGUCAAUCGAGAAAUUGCAAAACAGGCGUUUUGCUACAUGUCUGAAUGCAAA